UGGGCGCAGUACUUUGCACUUCUUUUGCGUGAAUUGAAGGAGCCCUAGCGCUGUCUUAUUUAUGCCAUUUGUGUGCAGGCUCAAGCUGUAUUACUUUAUGUACUUUAGUUAACUUGCUGUGUAUUGGGUACACCCAGACUGUCAGAUCACAUUGGAGCCAAUCCAGGAAUAAUUCCGAGUCACUGGGUGCUGGAAUAUGCUGCAGUUUUGAAGGAGCCAGUUUUCUGAAAACUCGGUGUAUUGACUUGGGAAACAAUCUCUAAGGAUCAGGGAAGAUGGCAGCUCCCUUUGUUCCUGUUCCAAUAAGCAAUUCAGCUUCGGGCAAUAUAACAACUAAAAGCCAAAGAAGCUCUUCUCUUGGAAGCACCUCAAGUUCAAACUCUUCAAAAGAACCACCUGAUGAACCUAAUUCCAAGACCUACAAAAAGAUGAGUGUGCCUGACCGGUUAAGUUGUUCUUCCUCAGUUUGCACAAGCCCUCUUGUUAGGACUAAGUUUGAUUCUUCAGUUGAGUAUUGUUCACGGCCAAACUCAGAUGAGUCUGCUUCUGAAUCAUUGGAGGAGAGACCAUCAACUCCAACUGUAUUAGGAUAUGAAGUUAUGGAAGAGAGAGCAAAAUUUACGGUUUACAAGAUCUUGGUAAGAAAAAGCCCAGAGGAGAACUGGGUUGUAUUCAGACGCUAUACUGAUUUUUCAAGACUUAAUGACAAGCUGAAAGAAAUGUUUCCAGGCUUCAGGCUGGCGCUCCCACCAAAGCGCUGGUUUAAGGAUAAUUAUGACUAUGACUUUCUGGAAGAGAGACAGUUGGGCCUGCAAGCAUUUCUGCAGAACCUGGUGGCUCACAAAGAUAUUGCAAACUGUGCUCCAGUGAGAUUAUUUCUUUGUUUGGACGAUCCCCCCGGUCCCUUUGACAGCCUGGAGGAAAGUAGGGCUUUUUGUGAAACUCUGGAAGAAACAAAUUACAGACUUCAAAGAGAUCUUGUAGAAAAGCAGAAAGAGCUGGAAGCUGUAAAAAAGCUAUUAAAUGAGAAGCAGCAGCAUGUUGAAGCACUCGAAUCCCAAAUACAACAAAUGGCAACAGGAGAAGGGAAGGCGCGCAGACCGUCUGGUGAGGAAAGUGAAUGCAGUGGAGAGGUGGAGUCCUCUGCCAUAGAAGCAGACCAAGCCACUACCACAGACAACUGUUCCUAUAAAGGCAGUGAAGAAAACUGCUGGAGUGAAGCCUUGCAGGCAGACAAUUUGCCGGAAAUAGAAGUCGCCGAAGUUGCGGACCCUGAUGAAGUCAUUUGAUGUGGUCAGCUUGGGCUAUUCGUGUCCAAGUGUUAGGAGAUUCCGCUCUGCAGUAAAGGGUCACUGAAGUGCCCACAGAGGUGCCAACGCAGGAUCUUUAUGUUCAACAACUUUCAUAAGGAAAAGGACCUUUAAUCAUUGCUGCUUUGAAAUCGUUCUUUUCCAGGUGGAUUAAGGAGAAACCACAAACUUGAGUUGUUGACAUAAGAAAAGAGUAAAUGUCAUUGCGAUACUGCUGAAACCUCAUUGAAUCCUUGAGUGGCAAGUGGCAUCAAGCACUUUUGAUCAUUUCACAGAUGGCACAGUCAUUUUUUUGGCGCCACACAUUGCAUGCCCCAAACUGCCAAGACAGUGUUCUUUUCUCUUUCUGUAUGCACAUAUAUAUGUUUUAGGGUGUCCAUGGGCUACAUCCAUCCCUUAAGAAAUUGAACUAAAUCUCCCAAAACCCUCCUGGAUACUGUGAGUUUUAAUUCAACAGUAUCCAAAGGAUCGCCGGUGGCUGUUUUAGGAGGUGCAGAAGUAAAAAUAAUUUCUGUUAAACAAGAGUUUGUUGCCAUGGCUUCACUGAACAGUUUUUUUUUUUCACCCAAGAACAUUGUCAUUGAUAAUCGAAAAUGAGCACAAUCUUCGUUGUGUAUAUCAUCCCAAACCUCUUGUUUUUAAAAUGAGAUAUAUAUAUAUAUAGAUAGAUAAGCUUUUUCUGAUACAUUAAACAAUGAUGGGAAGUCUAGAAGUGCAAACUUCUGAAAGUAUUUAUAAACAGAGUAGCUGGGAGAUGUGUGUUGGUAAGUUGCCGUACACAAGAGUGAAUAUAAUUCUCACUAUAUAUAUUUUGCACUAAAAUGUACUGUGGGGUAAUCAAGCUGGAAUAUAUCAUUCCCCACAACUAGGUGUCCAGCAGUUGAUGUCAGUUCAAUGUUGUAAUAUUUACCAUAUUUAGCUGGUCUUUUUAUGGUAUAUUCACCACCUGUGUCUUUUGUUAUAGAAAUUCAUUUGUAAUGGUGAUAUUUUUAUGCAUUUCCCAGAGAAUUGAGUUACAAACUGUACUUACUAUUAUAACAGCAAGCCAUGCAUGUUUGUUUCAGGGCAAGUCUAUGUAAAUAACCAAGUGCAUUUGUUCCUUUUUUUGGUGGUGGGGGGGGGGGGGGGUUGCUCGUAGUGGGAUGAUAAAGAGUGGAGUCCGAAUCCAAAAACUCAAUUCUUGUCAAUGGCAGCUACUAUUUGCCAAUAUUCAGAUUCAGGAGCUGUCUAAGGAUUCUGAGAGAUGUCAUUCACAACAGCUGCACAUUUGUAAUGCAUUUUUCUGAUAUAUAUGAGGCUCUGCAUUGAUAAUUAGUAUAACAUGUAACUGACAGUAGGCUUAGCUGGGGUACAACAAUAUUUAAAACUCAUUUGACAUCAGAGGCUAGAUGAGAAGCUAGAACUGGACAUUUGCUUUUAAACUGUUGCUUUCUAAACAGUUAAUCCUUAUAGAACACCAAUACUUAUGUAUUUAAUAACUGCCUUCUUUUUUUUUUUUUUUUUUUUACACUAUAUCAUGUAAGGGCUGUUUGUAUGUAGGUAUUCAAGCAAGCCUUGCACUGUAUACUCUGCGUUACAGACACAGUACUUCCCUAUGGAAGAAACCUCAGUGGUGCUUUGUACAAGGAAUGUGUCCUGCCUAUUGAUUCUAUAUUCAGUGUCCAGUAAUGGAAGGCAAGGGGUUAUAAGACAAGUCUAAACUGAAAUAUUUGUUUCUCUGGUUUCCUAACUGAAGGGGCCUUUGGGCAUUUACACCAACUAGAAGUGUGAUUCAGUGUAUGUAGGUCUGAUCCGUAUCCGUGAAACUGAUUUUCCAUGUAGAGUAAAAUUCUAGUAAAAAAAAUGUAAUCAUGAUCCCCUUCAAACCAGUGGAUUUUGCCCUUCAGCCUUGUAGUAUGUCUAAUUUGUGCACAGUUGGCUUGCAUUGGUGUCUGAUCAGAAGUCCAACUUGGACCUUUAGAUGGCUGAUUCAGAGCAAACUUCACCAGCUAACUGAUAUUCUUGCAGUUGGUCUGGUUGAAACAUAAAUGAAAGUUCCAGUCCACAUGAGGCCCAAAGCUGUCUCUGCUUUCAUGUAAUUGUAUAAAAACAUUAUUUAUUAAUCCCGGAACUGAGUAGCUUCCAUUUCAACUGUCCAACUCCUGCAUUAUUUGGUAUAGACAUAUUUCACUCAAGCUUAUAUGGAAACAAACUAAACUCCUCUACCUCUACAUAUACCAUGUGUUUUCUUGCUACAGGUGAACUUGAGACUUCAUCCACUGAUUAAAAUUGUGCUAAAUAUUAUUGUUCAUUUAUGGUCAUUUUAGUUUUUAGAGGUUCACUGUGUGUGAAGAAUUGCUAAGUGAUCAUGAGGUAAUGAGACAAGUAUGGAGAUGGAGCUGUGUAAGCAUUAAAUAGUGAAUGGCCCAGUUUUUCUGAUAACACAGCUCACUUUGAUGCCUAUUUAUUAACUUUUAUUAACAAUGGUUAUAGUUCAGUAAUGAAGUAUCCAUGGUCUCAAAUUCAACAGUUUGUUGCAGCACAGAAAAUCAGUUAUCCCAGUCUUUAAUCUUGGUUUUCAAUUUGCAUGGAGAUUUAGGUAAACAGAGGGUUAGUAGGCUGGUGGCCCCGGGGGUACUUUCCCAAAAGCAUCAGGAUAUUCACCCCAAAAUCUUACUAAUUGACCUUUAAACUAGGCUUUCUUGUGUAUAUACAAACAAAAAUGGCAAUUUUCUCAAGUUGUCUCCCUGACUGGCCUUCGGUUUAAGCCCCACGUCACUGCUCCAAGAUCCCUCGGGGGCAAACCUCACAGUUUGGGAUAUACUGCAUUGGGUUGGUACCUAACAAAUUCGUACCACCCAGUGAUAUUAUGUAUGUUUCCUUGUCCUUUAAUUGAUAACAUCCUAGUUAAAGUAGAUCUAGUUCUAAAAAUAAUUGAAGUUACGGUUCCCUGAUGCGUGGCUUUGUAUCACAAGUUGGUUUCAUUUGUCAUUGGGCGUGAACACUUGCCGAUAACAACUGUAUGCAACUGCUUUUUUUUUUUGUUGCCACCUGGCCACAGCUUGUUAUUGACAGGGUUCAGCAAGUCCUAUAGCCAGCCAGAUUGCUACAGUCAAGAGCUAGCAGCCAGUCAGUGGGGCAGAAUAAUCUUAGUCCAGAUACUAACACCAUUGGCAACACCAACAAAAUGUUACCCCCUUCCCAGGUUUCUAUAUUACUGUAUCUAUGCACAUAUCACAAGAAGAUAGGACUGCAGUCUUGCAGUACAGAAACAAAAAUGUCUGCUGUUUAUUAGUACUUGUUCUUUGUAGUGUCUAUCUGUGCCAAGGUUCAGCAACUCUAAUAUUCCCUCCCUGAUAAUAAGAUAGCAUUAAAGUAACCUGACUCCGCUGCCUCGGAUAACCUGCUGCAUUGCUCUGAUGUAUGUUCAACACUAUUCCUUGUGCAUUUUGCCAGGCCUUGCACUUACGUACACUUCAUUGGUGCCAAUAUCCAAUGGCUUUUUUGCUUUGUAGAAUGCUUAUUUCUAUAUAUACGGUAGUACCUAUGCAAAUUUCUGUUGCUUUUUAUGUUUUCAUUUCAGGUUUUUUUUUUAAUCCAGAAAGUGCCUUGUUUUGUAAACAUUGUCGGUUUUUACUGUAUCUGCAGUGUACAAGCUCUUGUAGGGCUUUUGUAAAGAUAAAUACUGCUAUACAUUGUAUGCUUUUGUUCUGUUUUAGUGCUUAUAACUACAGUGCAGUUGUGCAAUAACAAAGGCAGGGGAACAUGCUAUAUUUUUUGUAGCAGACAGGUUUUGCUUUUGAUCAUAGCUUCUGCCCUAGACACAGGCCCUUGGGUGCCUAUAUAGAAAAUUCUGCAUACACCAUUGAUAAAAAUGAGCUCAAUAAAUAGGACUUUUGUUGAAAAUGUA